AUGGCCUACAACAUCACCGGUGGCAUACCACCACAGUUUGGAAAUUUAACUCAACUACAAAGGCUGGAUCUUUCUUUUAAUCACUUGAUUGGGGAGAUCCCAAAGGAGUUUAGGAAGAUGAAUAGUAUUUUGAAAUUGUCCUUGGUUGAUAACCACUUUUCAGGCAUUAUACCUCUAGAGAUCGGAUCUUGUGAACUCCUUGAAGUACUCGAUCUAUCCACAAAUAGAUUGAAUGGGUCAAUACCAAAAAGUAUUAGUCAAUGUGAACAUAUCCACUACUUGAAUCUUAGUAAUAACAUGAUGAGUGAGAAAAUUCCAUCGGAGAUUGGUAAAGUAGUUCAACUUACGGAACUUGAUUUAUCUCAUAAUUUCCUCACAAAAGAGAUACCAUCUGAAGCUCAAAGUUUGAAAAAUCCACAAAAAUUGAAUCUUUCUCACAAUAGACUAUAUGGUUCUAUUCCUAAUACUUUUACAAUUUUGCCAUGUGGGAUUGAUAUCAACCUGUCUUUCAAUGAGCUCUUAGGUCCGGUUCCCCCGUGCGCCAACUUUAUUAAUGCAUCCAUACAAGGUAAUCCAGAUAUAGAUCUUGCUUAUACGAUAGUGGCAACAGAGAAAUGUGAUGUCUAUAGCUUUGGGAUUGUCGCACUAGAAGUGAUCAUGGGAAAGCUUCACGGAGAACUACCAACAUUGUCUGCUGAUUAUUUGGUGUUAGCAAAUGUUGGAGAUAGUCGAAUUUCACUUCCUUCGCCACAAGUUGAGAAACAAGUAAAUUUAGUACUCAAUCUCUCAAGAGCAUGUUUGAACUCGAAUCCACAUGGAAGGCCAACAAUGCGCCAAGUCUCAAAUCUGUUGAUGAAGGCUUGA